AUGAAUGGGAACGACGACGAAGAUAUUCCCUACGACCCUAGAAAGUAUCCACUCCGGCUGUUAGGGGCUCAGCUGGCAGUCGCCACUGCAAUCGGUGCCUCUGCAUUUUUAUCUUUCUGUAUUUUAAGACUUAAAUGGCCAAAUCUUUUUGAUGCCCGUCGUGCACGAAGAAAGGAACUUCCUGAACUCCCAAAAAAGUUCUUUGGCUGGGUAGUUAGUUUAUACAAUAUAACGGAGGAGCAAAUCCUUGAGCACGCUGGUUUAGAUGCGUUUGUCUAUCUGGGAUUUUUUAAAGUCUCUGCACAACUCUUUACAUUGCUCACAGUUUUUGCUGUGACAAUUAUCAGUCCUAUUAGACUACAUUACACUGGCAACUAUGACCAAGGUGAGGACGGUGAUAAUCCCUCUAAAACUUCAAUUUUCACCGGCACUAAAGAUGGCAGUGGCGGUGGUGGAGGUGAUAAUGAUGAUGACCCCUCUAAUACCUACAAGAAAUACCUGUGGACUUAUGUAGUUUUCACUUAUAUUUUCACGUUUUUAACUGCAUAUUUCAUGAUGCGCCAGACCAUUAAAGUUGUGCGAGUACGUCAGCGAUACCUAGGCCAACAAAACUCCAUUACUGACAGAACAAUUCGGUUAUCCGGCAUUCCACCGGAGCUUCGCACGGAAUCUGCUUUGAAAGACCAUAUUGAGUCACUUGGUAUUGGUAAUGUACGUUCAUUGCAUUUGUGCCGUCAUUGGGAUCAACUGGAUAAGAUGUUUGAAAAACGCAAAUACAUUAUAACAAAGCUUGAACAUGCUUGGUCUAAAUAUCUUGGUCCAACAUGGAAAGAAAGUAAUGCAAUUAACAAAAACAUGGUUCUUCCAUUUUCUGAAGAAAAUGGCGUUUCCUCGCGUUCAAUUCCCUUGCGUAAUGACUCUGUGUCUCAGUCAUACCGUGACAAUGACCAUAGCCCUCAAACAGAUGACGAGCUGGAACAUUUGGUGACUAGCAAUGCUACUUUACAACUCGGUACAGCUACAGGCUCUUAUCGCCGACCCAAAGAAAAGCUUGGGUGGAUGGGACUUUAUGGUGAAGAAAUCGACAUUAUUGACUACUACACCAAUGAGUUGGAAAUGCUUGACGCUCAAAUCGAAGCAGCAAGACAACGCUACUAUACCCCUACUGACACUGCAUUUUUGACCAUGGACUCUGUUGCCAGCGCACAAAUGGCUGCACAGGCUGUUCUUGACCCAAGACCCAAUCGACUUCUUGCAAAGCCUGCUCCAGCCCCGCAUGAUAUUAUCUGGAAGAACUUGUACAUGCCACGCAAUGAACGCUUUGUGCGCACAUAUACGAUUACCAUUAUCAUUGCUAUUUUAACGGUUGCCCUGAUUUUCCCUAUUUCAUAUUUGGCCACGUUUUUGGAACUUAAGACUAUCAAGCGUCUGCAACCAGCUCUUGGGAAACUCAUUGAACGCUCUGAAUGGCUGACAACUUUUGUCACUGGUAUCUUGCCUCCUCUUAUCUUUACAUUGUUCAACUUUUUGCUUCCUUACCUGUACUGGUACCUGGCUGGGCUCCAAGGUUUUGUAUCUUAUGGUGAGGUUGAGUUGUCUGUUAUUUCUAAAAACUUUUUCUAUGUAUUCUUCAAUAUGUUCCUCGUCUUUACAGUUGCUGGUAACUACUGGACAUUUCUCAAGGAUACAACGCAAUUGGCUUAUAAGCUAGCUGAGUCACUUAUGAAGUUUUCACUUUUCUACAUUGAUCUUGUUAUUCUACAAGGUAUUGCCAUGUUUCCACUACGCUUGCUUCAGUUAGGUAGCAUCUUCCAGCUUCCGUUUGUUUUAUGGCGGUGCCAAUCCCCCCGAGAGUACCGCAACCGCUACCGACCUCCUAUUUUCAACUACGGCAUUAAUCUUCCACAGCCCAUUCUUAUCUUUAUCAUUGUCAUUCUUUAUUCCGUCAUUUCCACAAAAAUCGUCUUUUUCGGUACCAUUUAUUUUCUGUUUGGUUAUAUGACAUACAAGUACCAGCUUAUGUUUACAAUGGUUCAUCCGCAGCACUCCACAGGUCAGUCAUGGGUUUUAAUUUUCCGCAGAGUGUGCCUUGGAGUUGUCAUUUUUCACUUGACAAUGACUGGCAUUUUAGCCUUGCAAAAGGCUUACUUUUUAUCUACAAGUUUGGCACCACUACCACUGGCCACCUUUUUCUUUUGGUACAAUUUUGAAGAAUAUUAUGUGCCACUAUCUAACUUUAUUGCUCUAACUGCAAUUGAAACAUAUGGUAGUGGCGGUGGAACCAGCAACUCUAGCAUUUCAGACCAAGAAAAUGGGACCGCGGAGCGCCAGGAAUCCGAAUCUGAGGUAGAACCACUAUCGCCACAUCCAACGCCAUCAUCCACACUCUCACUCCCGCCUCCCUCUGGAACAUCUACUCCUCUUCGAAAUAAAAUUCGCGGUCUACAACGCAACGUUACACGGCGAUUGGUGGAUACACAAAUUCCCAAUUUCCAAGUACGGCCGUUUUCAGUGUCCAAGACUCUGGACGAAGAGCGGGAGCGAAACCAAAAAUAUGUGAACCCGCAUUUGGUACGGCCACUGGAUGGCCCAUGGAUUGGCAUUGAGGGAAGUGAUGAUGUGAUUAUAGCUAACAGUGAGGGCACAGUGAAGCGCAAGGUUCAGCUGGAAGAAUGGGAAUAA